AAAACUCGAUUUUCGGUGGUAUUUGCAAAUCGGUCUAGCGCACGUAAAUCUUAAUAUUGUUCUGAAAAACAGUACGGAUUUUUUUAUGGAUGGUGAUGCUCCCUAAUGUAUGUACCUAUGUACAUAGAUAUGUAUAUUCGUUUCUUAUAGCAACAGUACGUGCAAGCAGUUCUCGACAUCAAGUACCAGAGUGAUAAAGUGUAUAUUAUUUUUAAAUCCUUCAGAAAUAUAACAUGCUCUCAUACACAUACUUUAUACAUUCAUAUGUGCAUGCCUUCAAAUACCAAUUGGCUGACGUUUUCGCUGCAUUUUGCUAUUGUUGCUGUUGUUUUGUUGUCAUGCUGUACAUGUAUCAAAACAAAAAGACAUCGGCAAGCCAUAGAUUACGAUGCCAACUAUGUAAACAUUAAUCUAUCUAACAAUAUUAAUGCUGCUAACCAAAACAACACACAAAUCUCUUACAAUAACCAUAAUAUUGAGCGUUUGGCUAGUAAAGCAGCAACAGGGAGAAGAGAGAAUCGUGGUGUUGGCAUUAGUGACAAUAAUGAUGUGAUAUCUGAAGGUGAUGGACAUGCUGGUGUUGGACAUACAUAUCAGUUGAAUUCAGCGGGGAUUACUGCCCAAAUUAAAGCGACGAGCCACGAGAAUACUACUAGUACAGCCAACAUCGCUGCAUUGUAUGCCAAAACACAUGGCGGCGCUUUCUAUCAAUUCACAGCAGGCAUGGCAGGUAAUCAGCCAUAUGUGGAGGAUAUUUGAGAGAAACGUCAAAGGCAAGAGG